CCAUACCCCAUACCCCCCAGGGCCACCAACGUCAAGCCAUCUUCCAUACCUCACCCUCAAAUGCCCCAUUACAGCCUCCAUAGCCAUGCACAAACCUAGCUCCACAACUCACUCUAUCAGACCACGUGUCUCUCUUUAUCCCAAAAAUUCCCGUACUGGGUCCCACUCAGAUCCAUACUUUUUCCGGCUUACAAUCCACCGGACCUUCCGUCUCCGUUCACCCCUUCGCCUACCUCUUUCUAUACACGUAGACAUAUUGUAAUAUCUGUAAAUAUAUACUGGAAUAAGGGUUUGAUAAGCUCAGAGUACUGGUAAGUAAUAAAUUGGAUACCCGAAGCUUUGUAUCAGACCAUUUAUAAGGGACCUUCAUUUACUCAACCUAUACAUACAUAUAGAUAUAUAGAUUACAACAUGUCGAUGUUGAGGCGUAGAAAGGGUACAGAACCCAAGAAACCCUCGAACUCAGAGCCUCCAAUCGAGGAGAAGAGAGAGAAAAAGAGCAAAGAAACCGACGAUUUUGAAAACAAUCGAAAAUUGAAGAAAUGGGGCUGUGUUGAUAGCUGUUGUUGGUUCAUUGGGUGUAUAUGUUCGAUUUGGUGGCUAUUGCUUUUUCUAUACAAUACAAUGCCGGCUUCGUUUCCUCAAUAUGUGACGGAGGCGAUUACCGGGCCAUUGCCGGACCCUCCGGGGGUGAAAUUGUGCAAAGAAGGGUUGAAGGCGAAGCACCCGGUGGUUUUCGUGCCGGGAAUUGUCACCGGUGGGCUUGAGUUGUGGGAAGGCCACCAUUGUGCUGAAGGGUUGUUUAGGAAGAGGCUUUGGGGUGGUACAUUUGGUGAAGUGUACAAAAGACCCUUAUGCUGGGUUGAGCACAUGUCACUCGAUAAUGAAACUGGAUUGGAUCCUUCCGGCAUCAGGAUCAGGCCUGUAUCUGGACUUGUGGCAGCUGAUUACUUUGCUGCGGGUUAUUUUGUAUGGGCAGUUUUGAUUGCUAAUUUGGCUCGCAUCGGAUACGAGGAAAAAAAUAUGUACAUGGCUGCAUAUGAUUGGAGGCUCUCAUUUCAGAAUACUGAGGUACGUGACCAAAGCCUGAGCAGGAUAAAAAGUAAUAUAGAACUCGUGGUAGCUACAAGUGGUGGGAAAAAGGUAGUUGUAAUUCCGCAUUCAAUGGGUGCUCUGUACUUCUUGCAUUUUAUGAAGUGGGUUGAGGCACCAGCUCCAAUGGGUGGUGGGGGUGGAUCAGACUGGUGUGCUAAGCAUAUAAAGGCUGUAAUGAAUAUUGGUGGACCAUUCUUGGGUGUUCCUAAAGCGAUCUCGGGAUUGUUCUCUGCUGAGGCCAAGGAUAUUGCCGUUGCCAGGGCUAUUGCACCAGGUGUUCUGGAUAUAGACGUAUUUGCUUUUCAAACCUUACAGCAUGCAAUGCGGAUGACUCGUACAUGGGAUUCAACAAUGUCAAUGAUACCAAAAGGUGGGGAUGCUAUCUGGGGUGACCUUGAUUGGUCACCAGAAGGAGAUUAUGAAUGUAGUGCAAAGAAGUUGAAGAACAAUGAUACGAAAAUUGCUGGCCAGAAUGGGAAAGGGAGUUCAGGAAAUGCAACACAUGUCAAUUAUGGAAGAAUAAUAUCGUUUGGGAAGGAUGUAGCUGAGAUGCAUUCAUCAAAGAUUGAUAGGGUGGAUUUCAGGGGUGCUAUUAAGGGUAAUAACCUUGCAAACACAACUUGCCGUGAUGUAUGGACUGAGUAUCAUGAUAUGGGCAUUGGGGGAGUCAAAGCUGUUGCAGAUUACAAAGUUUAUACAGCUGGAUCGAUUUUGGAUCUGCUUCAUUUUGUUGCUCCAAAGAUGAUGAAGCGUGGUGGUGCUCAUUUUUCCUAUGGAAUUGCUGAUGAUUUGGGUGACCCAAAAUAUGGGCAUUAUAAAUAUUGGUCAAAUCCUUUAGAAACAAAAUUACCCAACGCUCCGGCCAUGGAGAUGUUUUCAAUGUAUGGAGUUGGAAUACCCACUGAAAGAGCAUAUGUUUACAAGUUUAGUCCGGCUUCUGAUUGCUACAUUCCUUUCCAGAUUGAUACCUCAGCCGAGGGUGGAAACGAGGGCACUUGUUUAAAAGGUGGAGUCAUUUCUGUUGACGGAGAUGAAACCGUUCCUGUUCUGAGUGCAGGUUUCAUGUGUGCAAAAGCCUGGCGUGGUAAAACCCGAUUCAACCCUUCAGGCAUCCGUAGUUACAUAAGAGAAUACAAUCAUGCUCCUCCAGCUAAUCUUCUGGAGGGCCGGGGAACCCAGAGUGGUGCUCAUGUUGAUAUAAUGGGGAACUUUGCGCUAAUAGAAGAUAUUAUAAGAGUAGCUGCAGGGGCUACUGGAGAAGACUUGGGGGCAGAUCAAGUUCACUCUGAUAUCUUCAAAUGGUCCGAAAAGAUUGAGAUAGACCUGUAGAUUGCAACUGGGCACAGCUGAUAAAUUAUGUGGACACAGUUGGUGAAAGCUCUAAAUGAAGCAGUGGUUGUGCCGGUGUAUCAUAAAAGAUGUACAAAGGCGUCGAGGUUUCUGGUUCUCACAUGUAUUUAUGAAUCAUAUUGUCAUGGGAAUCAAGCAAAUUGGCAUCCCUCAGUGUAUCACGACUCUUUUUCUCGGAGACGUGUAAUUUUAAAAUUUGCCAGAAAUUUUGGAUGUUCCUGACCC